AUGACGAGUCUUCGAAAGGACCUGAAUGCACAUACAUUCAAGAUGGUUGUUCUUGGAUAUUACUCUGUUGGCAAAAGCAGUCUAGUGCUGAAGUACGUGAAGGAUGAAUUCAAUGCAAAUGAGGAGAGCACAAUAGGUGCGUCUUUCCUGACAAAAACGAUGUUCACAUCCGAGGGGAGUGUUAAGUUUGAGAUCUGGGACACGGCAGGACAAGAAAGAUACAAUAGCUUGAUUCCGAUGUAUUAUCGUGGUGCACAGGUAGCCUUGAUAGUGUAUGAUGUUACGUCGAUUGAAAGCUUUGAGACUGCAAAGAAGUGGGUUGACGAGCUUGGCUUUGAGAAGCCAAAGGAAUUCAUUAAGGUUUUGAUUGGCAACAAAUCUGAUCUUGAGGAUGACAGAAAAGUGCAGUAUCAGGAAGCAAAGGAGUAUGCAGAUAGUCAGUCGCUAAUGCUCUUUGAAACAAGUGCAAAGACAGGCAAGAAUGUGGCAGAGAUAUUCAGCAUGAUUGCAGAAAAGGUUCCAAAAGAGGAUAAAAAGAAGCCAAAGAGAGGAUUCAGAUUACGAGAUGAAUACAUAAAAUACAUCUGCUGCUAA